AUGAACGACUACAACUGUGCUUCAUCAGGAAUUAAUCUCUCUGAAGCGCACACUGCAAACUUCAACUUCUUUGCGGCCCUCUUCGUCGCGGUAGUGCAGGUAACACGGAAGCCAGAAUGCCGGAAUGUUAAUGUACUGACAAUCCAAAUCCAACUCCGAGGCCCGCAUGACGUCUUUCUCCUGUGUGGGCCGCCGGGUCACGGUUCCGAGUGGAAGCAAGUGCGUCCUUGUUGCCAGAUUGCCAGUGCAGCAAGCGUACUUACUUGUUCUUCCAGUUGGAACACGGCGGGGGACAAGCAUGCUGUGUGUGCGUGGAAGACCUUCCGCAGAAAUUGUGGGCGUCUACUGCGGUGCAGGUACAGAGGAACUCCGGCGUGCAGAAAUCAAAGCGUUCCGUCGAGUACGGCGCGAGGUACUUGUGCAGCGGCGCUGCCUCAAGGCAGCACGCGGCGCACCUCAUGGUAG